GAAAUGGGGAACUGAACCAGCCCCUCCUCACCUGCUGGAUCAGUCAGUAGGUCUGCAGGGAGCUGCCCACACAUAGGACCAGGACGUAGACCGUGGGCCUUGCCUGUGGGACAGCUUCCCAGGGGACCAGGACUCUGCUUACAUCCUUAAUUACUAGACUGGAAGGAAGCUUAAUUGGUGCUUACCCAGAGCUCUCUUUUGGAUGAAAAGACCGGAAGAAUGGAUUACAGUCACCAAACUUCUCUAGUCCCAUGCGGUCAAGAUAAAUACAUUUCCAAGAGUGAACUCCUCCUACACCUGAAGACCUACAACCUGUACUAUGAGGGCCAGAACCUACAGCUGCGGCACCGGGAGGAGGAAGAUGAGUUCAUCGUGGAGGGGCUGCUGAACAUCUCUUGGGGGCUGCGCCGGCCCAUCCGCCUGCAGAUGCAGGACGACAACGAACGUAUCCGUCCCCCGCCCUCCUCUUCCUCCUGGCAUUCGGGCUGCAACCUGGGGGCGCAGGGCACCAUCCUGAAGCCUCUGACCAUGCCUGCCAUUCAAAUCUCGGAGGUGGAUGCCCCUGCUGAGGGUGACCAGAUGCCCAGCCCCACAGACUCCAGGGGCCUGAAGCCGGUGCAGGAAGACACGCCACAGCUGAUGCGCACGCGCAGUGACGUUGGGGUGCGUCGCCGUGGUAACGUGAGAACGCCUAGUGACCUGCGGCGAAUCCGGCGCCACCGCUUCUCCAUCAACGGCCAUUUUUACAACCACAAGACGUCGGUGUUCACGCCUGCCUAUGGUUCAGUCACGAACGUUCGCAUCAACAGCACCAUGACCACCCCGCAGGUCCUGAAGCUGCUGCUCAACAAAUUUAAGAUUGAGAAUUCCGCGGAGGAGUUUGCUUUGUACGUGGUCCAUACCAGUGGCGAGAAACAGAAGCUGAAGGCCACUGAUUACCCGCUGAUCGCCCGCAUCUUGCAGGGCCCCUGUGAGCAGGUUUCCAAGGUGUUCCUGAUGGAGAAGGACCAGGUGGAGGAGGUCACCUAUGAUGUGGCCCAGUACAUCAAGUUCGAGAUGCCAGUCCUGAAAAGCUUCAUCCAGAAGCUGCAGGAGGAAGAGGACCGCGAAGUGAAGAAGCUGAUGCGGAAGUACACCGUGCUCCGCCUAAUGAUUCGGCAGAGGCUGGAGGAGAUAGCAGAGACUCCGGCAACAAUCUGAGCCACAGGAAUGGGGGAUCCAGGAACCCCAAGGGCUCCCACUGACCUGAGAAGACCCACCGGAAACUGGGUGCUCCCCUGCCAUGGCAAUGCUUAUGUGCAAGCCACAAGCCAGCCUUUGCUCCCUGGAACAGGAGGAGAAGCCAGUGGGCCACUCCCUGUCCCUGGAUCCCUGCUCUCUUACUGUCACUUGCGAGGACUUUUGAUUUUAAUUCUAAGGACCGGCUGUGUAUCUAGACAUGUGUGAGGAGAUGCAUCUGUGUCCCUCUGAUGUUUCAGCACGUGGUGCCCUGCAGCAGCCGGCUCCAGCCGUGGAGGCUGGCAGGUCUCUGCCUGCAGCAGGAGAGGCAGAGGAGGACUUCAGGCUGAAGAUUUCUCCUCUUACAGGCCAGAGGCAGCCACAAGAAUCUGCCCAGGUUUAGAGGGCGAAGAAGGCUUUGCAAGCUCUCCAUGUGGGGCACCUGUGUUGGUGGAGAUUCUCUGUAUGCCUGAAAAGGUCAGUGAGUGUGAGAUCUUUGGAAAUCAAAAGAUAACAGUCUCAUAGCCUUGUCUGAUGGUGAGAAACAGAAAGAUUGCCCUAGGUAGAUGGGACAAAUCCACAGUUUUUACACUGGAAACUGCUUGCUUUAAAUAACAAAGAUGAAUGUGCCAGUCCAUGUGGAUGCUGGAGAAGGACAGAUUUUGCUUUGUUCCGCCUCCGCCUCGCAGAGUUGGGAACCCCGUGCUUCCUUGGGCUGGAGGAAAGUCCCAGGAAGCAGAGGCCUCACUGGGCGCACAUGGUGUGCUCCCUGUGGCCUGGCUUGUUCCAAGAAGGUGGCCGGGAAGUUUCCAAGCCCCUCCUUAGAGCUGAAGGGAAGGGCAGAGGCCCGGCAGCCCAGCCUGUCUUCAAGUCUUCCUGCGCCCGGAGCUGGACCGCAUGUUUGAGCUUUCUUCUCUCCAACCUCUGGAUUUUUGCAAAUUCCUCACUCUGUGUGUGGAACCUGGGCCUUGAGCACUUGGGCCCUGAGCAAGAGCACUUGUCCAGCUGAGGGGCAAGUGUGGGGCUCUGGGCAGCUCUGGUGGGGGUAGCCCAAGGCUGGAGCUUAUCUCACUUCCGAGAGAUCAACUGGUCUCUAGAACAGCCUCAGUGAGGCUGCAAGGUGGGGACGUCUAUCCCUGGGCUCCUGUGUGGCAAUGCCCUUUGAAGGACAGCAGAGGCUUGGAGCCCACAUGCUGGGCUGUGGAGAUAACUGAGCAGGACUGGAAGCUCCUAACAGCUCCAAGCCUCACUGGGACAGGAGAGCUGCAUGUCUGUCCCCCUGCUCCCUGGGAUGGCAUGGAGGCCUGGACAGCUGGGGAAGGAGAACCACUGGCCAGAGCCUCCAAAAGAUGAUGGGCCUUGGUGACAGAGCCAUUCCUGUGCCUCCAGCCUGCUCCUGGGCUUCUGCAGCAGCCACACAGCUGUGUCUAACUGUAUGCUCUCAGUACAUGGGCUGCCACCCCCAGGCCAGCUUCCUCCAUGGGGACCACACGGCUGGCCCCGUGGGUCUUCUGUCAGUCACAGACCUCAGUGGGCAUCUGUAAGGUGCACAGAAUGGGGUGAAGUGGGGCUUCCAUGGUCACAGAUAUAAAAGAGCAGUUUUGGGAGUGCAGAUGCACCCACCCCCGAGCUCUGCUUGGAGAGUUUCUGCGCUGGCUGCGUUGGUCAUGAAUGUCCAAGGCCUUGGUUGCCCCAGUAAUUCUCCUUUGGGGGUAGAAGGGAAAAAUUUUCACCAAGUAAAUUUUUAACCACUAACUGUUACAGACAACUACUUCUUCUGGUUUUAGAAAUUCUCUGUGAAUUACUCUUAUCAGUGCAGUAGUGUUCAGUGAAAAUGUCAUAAAAUGCCCAUUUUGCCAGAUCUCUGAGAACGUGAUACCAACGCAGCCUUGACUUUCUAAAGUGGGGGUUCAGUAGCAGGAGGAGGGGCGUGUGCUUUACACUAUACACUUUUACUAGUGCAGGCCACCCUUUGCUAUUUUGGCCCAUUUCUUGGAGAUCAUUUCUUAUACUCUAAUAAUCUGAUGAAGAAAUGUAGCUGGGUGUGGUGGUGAAUGCAUGUGUUUGAGAAGCUGAAGCAAGAGGAUCUCCAUUAAUCUCAAGAGCAGCCUGGAUUACAUAUCAAAAACCUGUCUCAAAGAAACGAAAACAAAUGAAUUUUGGAAAUUUGGCCGAGAGUUCCAGCUCAGUGGUAGGGCACAUGCUUAGCGUGCAUAAAGCCUUGGCUUCAGUCCUCAGCAUCAAAACAAACAGCAGGAGUUGGGAAACCUUUGGAACAGCAGCAGCUGAAACAGAGACUUCGCCGUGGUGGCGGGGCCCUGAGUUUCCCACUGGUAUCGCAUGGCCUUGCAGCCUUGAACCCCUGAACCAAUUUCUACAGGCUGUAUAACUGUGUGCAGUGAGCCUGAAACCGUGUGGACAUCAAAAGCCAGUGUAUAGGGUUCUUCCUAACUCGAGGAAAGCAGACCGCUGCAGCUGGCUUUCCCUUUUCUUUCCCCCGCUUUUUAUUUUCUGUGCAAAGGUUUAUAUUACACGGUGAUCAAGUAAAGGAAAAACCUGAGCCUUCCAGCUGGGGAGGGGGAACGAAGCGAAGGCCACACUCUCGGGGGUCACAGGAAUGGGACUGUGAGGGCAGAGCCGAACCAAAAAGCACAAAUGAUAAGCCUACAUGCUCUCUGGUCUCCAGGCUGGGUGGGCUUCAAGUGGAGGCUGAGGCAAGAGGGUCUCUGGGGAGACAUCCCCCCAAAAAGUAGAGGGCUCAAGUCCAAGAUUUUGGUCUUGAUGUUUCCAGGAGAAAUAUUUGCACCUUUUUCCCUCCCUAUCAAAAAGAAAACAAUAUUUUCUCCUAGAAACCAGAGAAAGACAUUUUAUUGUUGCAAUGUGACAUGCAAGGACAUCCAAAUCCAUUCUGCCAGCAAAAACAUUUUGGCAAGCGUUGUUUUCUGUGGAACUGAGGAGCUGUUUCAGUGCUCAAAAGAAAAGAGCAAGGAGUUUUUGGGAGAAGUCCUUUUACUUAUUUAUUUUUUGAUACUGGGGUCUGGACUCAGGACCUUCACACGGAGCCACAUCGCCAGCCCUUUUAAGACUUUUUAUUUUGAAACUGGGUCUUGCUAAGUUUCUCAGACUGGUUGUAAACUUGUGACCCUCCCGCCUCAGCCUCCCAGAGUGCUGCAAUUACAGGGGUGCCACCACACCAGGUUAAGAGAAGUCCCUUUACAAACAACAAAAACAAGCGGGAAAAAAGCCCAAAUAUUUUAUUUCAAAGUUCUGUGACAUGGAGAGGUUGAUGUCCGAGAUAAUUUCCAAGAGAGAGGUUUCUGUGAGGUUGAGGGGCUUCAGCACCACAUCGAGAUGGACUUGUGACCUGAGGCAUGGGAGAGGGGGCGGAGGAGACCCGCUGAAUGCCUUGGCCAUAGCAGCCUGCACUUCAUGGUUUCUUAAGCUGCUUUACACAAAGUCCUGCUGCAGUUAGAUGAGACAUGAUCUCCUAGAGCCUCGAGACCUGGUGCGUCCAAGAUGUAGCUGAAUGCCUGUCCCAGACAGCACAGAGCCUUGGGGUGCCCCCACAUUUUAAGAGAGCAAAGAGAUGCACACACUGUGAGGGAGGAGCCUCAGCUUCCCCCGACGGGUGGCAGCCCUGAUGUUUCCUGCUGUGUCACUGCUCAUGUUUCUUAAGGGUUCUCACGCGUGUUUCAGUUCUGUCUGUCCCUUCCCUAGCACGGCCUGCCUUUCAACAGCAGGGCCUGGCUCGGCCCGGUGUUUGGCUCCGAGCUGAUAUGCGGAUGUGUUUAGGCAUCUGAACAUCAUUUGACGAGGCCUCAGUGGAGAGCCGUACACUUCUGUAACCUUUUGGUAUGUUUUAAUGCACUGACUCUUAGAUCUUAUUAGAAUAAAGCACUUUUUAAAGACGU